AUGUCAACUUCGGCAACCGAGCAACAACAUCAUCAGCAUCAUCAUCACCACUCCCACCACUCUCAUCAUCCUUCUUACUCUUCCUCUCCGAGAUCUCAGCAAAGUUACCAAAACCACCAAAACCAUCAGUCUCAAAUCCCUGUGCGAAGUCACUCAACACGCUCACGCCCGACUAGUUCUUCUGCCGCUUCGCCCUCCCAUCUUAAUUCGGGUCAACCUGUACAUCGGUCCGUUUCUACUUCUGGGCAUCAACACAAUCAACACAAUCAAACAAGCCAACAAAACCAACAGCAGCAGCAGCAUCAUCAUCACCAUAAUCAUUCUCGCCAUCACAGCCGACAGACAUCGUCUUCUGGCCGUCCUAUUCAAGACAUUUUACCCCAGCAGGACUAUGAAACGUCCAACGUAGUCGCUGCUCAUCACCAGCCUAAGCGAAGUUCCAGCAAAGACCGCCCUCCUCCGGUCUCGCGUGGUACCGAUUCUAAAGGCGUCCAUCGCCGAAGCAGCAGCCGCUCAAACUACAAUCAAAGCGAUAUGCCUGCCCCUACUGCUGUUGCGAAUAACGCGGGUCCUGCUGCUAUCCCGCCUGUCAUGCAAGCAGCAGUAGAUGCUCGCGCCACCGGUGCUAAGCAGCGGACAUCGAGAACUUCAAUCCCCACACAAUCAGGAAAAUGGAUUCUAGGUAAGACAAUUGGAGCUGGUAGUAUGGGAAAGGUGAAGCUCGCCCGCAAGGAGGAUGGCACAGAACAGGUUGCAUGCAAAAUCAUACCGCGGGGUUCCACCGAAGAUGGCCACCACAGUCGAGCCGAUAAAGAGAGAGCUGAUCAGUCGAAAGAAAUACGAACCGCGCGCGAGGCUGCUAUCGUGACCCUCUUGCAGCACCCACACAUCUGCGGCAUGCGUGAUGUAGUUCGUACGAAUUAUCAUUGGUACAUGCUAUUCGAGUAUGUUAACGGUGGACAAAUGCUGGAUUAUAUCAUCUCCCACGGCAAGUUAAAGGAGAAGCAAGCGAGGAAGUUUAGCAGACAGAUCGCAAGCGCCCUCGACUAUUGCCACCGAAACAGUAUAGUCCACCGUGACUUAAAGAUCGAGAAUAUCCUCAUCAGUAAGACUGGCGAUAUCAAGAUCAUCGAUUUUGGCCUUAGCAACCUUUUCGCCCCUCGUAGUCACCUCAAGACAUUCUGUGGUAGUCUAUAUUUUGCCGCCCCUGAGCUCCUCCAGGCGCGAGCUUAUACAGGCCCCGAAGUCGAUGUUUGGAGUUUUGGCAUUGUUCUAUACGUGUUAGUCUGUGGUAAGGUUCCAUUCGAUGACCAGAGCAUGCCAGCCCUGCAUGCGAAAAUCAAGAAGGGAAUUGUUGACUAUCCUAGCUGGCUAUCUAACGAAUGCCGACAUCUCCUAUCCCGCAUGCUAGUCACCGACCCGAGAAACCGAGCGACCAUGUACGAGGUCAUGAACCAUCCGUGGAUGAUAAAGGGUUAUGGUGGCCCACCUGAGAAUUACCUACCUGCUCGCGAGCCUCUGACGCUCCCAUUGGAACCAGAAGUUAUCAGCGCCAUGACUGGCUUCAACUUCGGAUCUCCAGAUAAAAUUGAGGGUCAGCUUACCAAGGUAAUCGAAUCUGAAGAAUACAAACGUGCUGUGGCACUUUUACAAAAGGAAAAGGAGAUGCCACCCGCUCCUAAAGACGUAGAGAAGAAGCGGGGAUUUGGGUUUGACUUUUACAAACGACACAACCCCGGGAGCAGUCGCGAGAACUUGACGGCUCCAAGCUCAGACGCUCUCCAACUUGGUGUUGAUCCGCUUAAUGCAUUCAGCCCUCUAGUUUCCAUCUACUACUUAGUAAAAGAGAAACAAGAGCGGGAUAAAGUGGAAGCGGUACCCAAGUCUCACACACCGAAGAAUACUGCGGAUUCACCGAUGCCGGAAAUUGCUCCCCCCCCUGAGGCGCACACCAAUACUGCAGCCUACGAAAUGGCUGGAGAGAGAGCUACCGGUGGAAGAUCAAGACCUCGUGCCCGUACACACGGAGAGGACGACGCACCUGAGGAACUCAAAAAGGCUCAGCCGUCGCCGAACACCCUUGUGCCCCCAGAGAUCCCCAUGGACCUACCACCCAAAAAGGAAAGCACUGCUGCUGGAAUUCUUAGAAGGUUCAGCACUAGGCGCCGCAAAGAGCCAGAGAGACUUGAUAAGGACCGUUCGCAUCCGCCUGCCGUUCAUGUUCACUCACCUGCUGAGCCGACAACACCGCGGAAGAGCUUUAGUAUACGUCGCGCAAAACGUGAACGAGACGAGAACCAACCAACUAGGCUGCGGUCGGGAAGCAGCCAGCCGCAGCAUCGAGAUCUGCUCAGCCCUCCGCUUUCUGCCGGCGGUAACCUGUCUGGAAGCAACAAGGGCCUAGGCCGGUCGACCAGUGUGAGCUCAGCUGAAUUCAGGCGACGGCCUUUUGGUUCUAGUAACAGAGUUGCCAAAGAUCCACCACCAACCAGCGGCUCUGACCAAUCGGCAGCUACCGAUAAGGUUCCCCCAGAGCCGAAGAGUGCUCUUAAUUCUCGCGCUACGUCUAUGAGGGCAAGACCAUUGGGCCACGCUCGCCGGGAGAGUAUUCAAGCAAGGAGGAUGCGUAGAGAGGUCGCUCAUGCUGCUGAAGUACCCGAGGAGACGGACCAGGAUAUUGGCGAUGGAAGCGGAAACUCGGCGGAGCGCCUAGACGACUCGGAACUUGCUAAGCCUGUCUUUUUGAAGGGCCUCUUCAGCGUGUCCACGACGUCCACGAAAUCAGUGCCUGCUAUUCGUGCAGAUAUUCGAAAGGUGUUGAAGCAACUCGCAGUGGACUUUACCGAGAUCCGCGGUGGCUUCUCUUGCCGCCAUGCCCCUAGCAUCGAUCUUAAAAAGGGAGCAGAUCCCGGUAGCCCCGAUCCAGCCCCCAACCAUCGCCGUAGGUUCAGCUUUGGUAUCAGGACGGAUCGGGAACGUGAGGAGUUCCGAGAUUCGGAGCGAGUACCACCCACCCCGCGGGCAGCAGGGAGAGGACUUGAUAGAAGUGACUCGGCAUCAGAAGUCUCUGAUCCUGAAAGCCUUCCUCGAGAGACAGCCGGAUCAUCGAGAAGAGUGCCAGGUGAAACGACGACACAUGUGCAGAGCGAUUUCGGCAACAACAUAGGCUUGGCAUUCGAGAUAUUCAUCGUCAAGAUUCCUUUACUCUCGCUGCAUGGAAUCCAGUUUAAGCGUAUGGAAGGAAACACAUGGCAAUUCAAGAAUAUGGCGGAUCAGAUUCUUAAGGAACUACACCUCUGA